GCGCGCGGCCGCCCCGGCCCGUGCCCGCGUCCGUGCGGUUGCUGCGGAGGGGGGGAAGGGGCCGGCUCGCUGCCCGCCGGCCCGGCCCGUCUGCGGGCGGAUUGAUGUGGGGGGGUCUGACAUGAGUCCGCCGGCGGCCGGGUGCUGCCAUGUGACCGGCUUCAAGGUGGAGAACUGGAAGCAGAACCUGCGGGCGAUUUACCAGUGCUUCGUGUGGAGCGGCUCGGCCGAGACCAGGAAGCGCAAGGCAAAGUCGUGCAUUUGUCAUAUGUGUGGUGCCCACCUGAACAGACUCCACUCUUGCCUCUACUGUGUCUUCUUUGGCUGUUUUACAAAGAAGCACAUUCACGAGCACGCAAAGACAAAGCGACACAAUUUAGCCAUAGACCUUUUGUAUGGGGGUAUAUACUGCUUUAUGUGUCAAGAUUACAUAUACGACAAAGACAUGGAACAAAUUGCCAAAGAAGAACAACGAAAAGCUUGGAAAUUACAAGCCUUCACUCCAACAGUGGUUUCUCACUACCAGUGUACAAUGACAGGCAUUGGAGAGAAGUAUUCAACAUGGGAGCCAACCAAACGAGAGUUAGAAUUGCUACGACACAACCCCAAGCGGCGAAAAAUAACCACAAACUGCACCAUAGGUCUACGAGGGCUAAUCAAUCUUGGGAACACAUGUUUUAUGAACUGUAUUGUCCAGGCACUUACCCACACUCCACUGCUGCGAGAUUUCUUCCUCUCCGACAGGCACAAAUGUGAAAUGCAAAGCCCCAGCUCAUGUCUGGUCUGUGAAAUGUCUACGCUUUUUCAGGAGUUUUACUCUGGGCACCGAUCUCCUCACAUUCCAUAUAGGUUAUUGCACCUGGUAUGGACUCACGCACGGCAUUUAGCAGGGUACGAGCAACAAGAUGCACACGAGUUCCUCAUCGCUGCGUUAGAUGUGCUGCACAGACACUGCAAAGGUGAUGAUAAUGGCAAGAAGGCGAACAACCCCAACCACUGUAACUGCAUCAUAGACCAAAUCUUCACAGGCGGACUGCAGUCUGAUGUUACCUGUCAAGUCUGCCAUGGCGUUUCCACAACGAUAGACCCGUUUUGGGACAUCAGUUUGGAUUUGCCAGGCUCCUCCACCCCGUUCUGGCCGCUGAGUCCGGGGAGCGAUGGCAGCGUCGUGAACGGGGAAAGCCACGUCUCGGGCACCACCACGCUCACAGACUGCUUGCGAAGGUUUACAAGGCCAGAACAUCUAGGAAGCAGUGCCAAAAUCAAAUGUAGUGGUUGCCAUAGCUACCAGGAAUCUACCAAACAACUCACUAUGAAGAAGUUACCCAUUGUGGCCUGUUUUCAUCUCAAACGGUUUGAACACUCAGCCAAACUGAGGCGGAAGAUCACUACGUAUGUCUCGUUUCCGCUGGAGCUGGACAUGACACCAUUCAUGGCUUCCAGUAAAGAGAGCAGAAUGAACGGGCAGUACCAGCAGCCGACGGAUAGUCUAAACAAUGAUAAUAAGUAUUCCUUGUUUGCAGUAGUUAAUCACCAGGGAACCUUGGAGAGCGGGCACUAUACCAGCUUCAUCCGGCAGCACAAGGACCAGUGGUUCAAGUGCGACGAUGCCAUUAUCACCAAGGCUAGCAUUAAGGAUGUGCUAGACAGUGAAGGAUAUUUGCUGUUCUAUCACAAACAGUUCCUGGAGUAUGAAUAGCCUUAUCCAGCAGCUUGUCAGAUAUAAACAAGGAAGAAAAUAAGCAAGCCUUCUGAAUCGACACACAAACCUACCUGAAAUGAAAAGACGCAUUAAAAACCAACUAGCACUGAGCUGUAACAGGACCUACUUGACACUGACUCAAAGCCUGAGGAGUAAGAAAUGAACAAUGUCCAACGUGUACGCAGUCCCGCAAGGACAGAAAGGGGGGAAAUAAAAAGAGGCUACGGUCAGUCACUUAACAGAGGAAACAUAAAAUGAAUGCUCUGGGUGGGGGAAAUGGGAGCAGAGGAGUCUGGGCACUGGUACAUCUCCUACGUUCCUCCAAAAUGUGUGUGGGAAGGCAAAGGGUUGGUUAUACCCUCAUCUCCAUAAAGCAUCUUCUCCAUUUGGUGCUUCAGCUCCAACGACCAAUCAUAUAACAGUUAAAAUUUAACAAUCCAAGCCCAUUUUUUUAUGCACAUGGGUCUGAACGCAGUAGAGUGGAGGAGGAAGGGAUGAUACACCUAAAGGACUUUGCAAGUAUCUUUUUAUUUGUGAAUUUUAGUUAUUAAAUAAAUACAGUAUGAAACUAUUAGGCUCUUUUUUUUCGACAACCGUGAAAGAAAUCCUGGAUUGUGGAACUGAAGCUGCAGUGCUCAGACAGGUUUUCAAGCAUGCCUGCUUGCACAGGUAACAUUCGAUGCCAUCGGACUGCUCAUCAAAAGCAUUAGCACAGAUUCUUUUCUGUUUGAGCCCUUUUUUUUUGUUUUGUUUUCUAUAAAUAGCUAUUUUCUUAAUUUUUUUCCUUUUAUUCCCUUUUUUUCACGAGAAUGAAAUUCAUAAAUGCAAGCAUCAGUAAAAACGAAUGAAUUGGCGUGUUUAUACUGUAAGAGUGGUCUUGGUUCUAUUUUUUAUUUUCUAUCUUGUGAAUAAGUUUGAAUUUCUCAAAA